CCCGACGCUCCGGCCUUAAGCCGGCGGCCUCCCCUUUUCUCCGUAAAGGGGAAGCGGUUGCUGAUGCCGCUUCCGGAGGCCCAAGAGGGAAGCGGAGCCGGGAGGAGAGUCGCCACUGCAACCAUGCCUGCUUUCCGGCAGGUUGGAGAGAAGCAGCUUCCCCAAGAAGUCAUUUUUAUGGCCUGGUCUCCCAAGCGGGAUCUGAUCGCCCUUGCAAACAAAGUUGGAGAGGUUUUGCUUCAUCGACUUGCAAACUUUCAACGCGUUUGGAGUUUGCCACCAAGCGAAAGCACAGGGAAAGAAGUGACAGCCCUUGCGUGGAGACCAGAUGGCAAAAUUUUGGCUUUUGGACUUGCUGAUACUAGGAGAGUUAUCCUGUGUGAUGUCGAGAAACCAGAGAGCUUGCAUUCUUUCUCAGUGGCUGCUCCUAUCACUUAUAUGCACUGGAUGGAAGUUACGGAAGAAAAUAGUGUUCUCACUUCGUUUUAUAACGCGGAAGAUGAGUCCAGUCUUCUUCUUCCUAAACUACCUGCGUUGCCAAAGAACUAUAGUACCACUGCCAAAAUUUUCAGUGAAGAAAAGUCAGAUGAGAUCAUGAAACUCAUGGGUGAUGUCAGGCUUAAUGCUCUGGUUCUUGGAGGCAACGCUGGGUUCAUUGAGAUCUAUGCUUAUGGAAUGUAUAAGAUUGCUACAGUUACAGGGGUGACUGGUUCUUGUCUUGCGUUAUGCUUAUCGAGUGACUUGAAAUCGCUGUCAGUUGUUACGAAAGUAGAAGUUUCUCCAGAUUCCAAGCCAGAAAUAACAUACUUCCAACUGGACACCAGUCUACUCUCAACCUAUUUACCGGAAGUGACUCGAAUGGCUCGAAAAUUUACACACAUUUCAACUCUGUUGCAGUAUAUAAAGCUUUCGCUGACAUGUAUGUGUGAAGCUUGGGAAGAAAUAUUGAUGCAGAUGGAUUCACGGCUAACCAAAUUUGUACAGGAAAAGAAUACAACCACUUCUGUGCAAGAUGAAUUCAUGCAGUUACUGCUGUGGGGCAAAGCAAGCCUUGAGCUUCAGGCGCUACUAAUGAAUCAGCUAACAGUAAAGGGCUUAAAAAAACUUGGCCAGUCCAUGGAGUCCUCCUAUUCCAGUAUUCAAAAGCUCGUCAUAAGUCACUUGCAAAGUGGCUCUGAGGCCUUGUUGUACCAUUUAAGUGAACUGAAAGGAAUGGCAUCGUGGAAACAGAAGUAUGAGUCUCUUGGAUUGGAUGCGUCAGGAAUAGAAGAAGCCAUUACUGCAGUGGGCUCCUUCAUCCUGAAAGCAAACGAGCUGCUUCAAGUUAUAGACAGCAGUAUGAAAAAUUUCAAAGCUUUUUUCCGAUGGCUAUAUGUGGCCAUGCUGAGAAUGUCAGAGGAUCACGUCCCUCCAGAGCUGAACAAGAUGACUCAGAAAGACAUAACAUUUGUUGCCGAUUUCCUUACUGAACACUUCAAUGAGGCACCUGAACUCUACAACCGUAAAGGGAAAUACUUUAAUGUGGAAAGAGUUGGUCAGUACUUGAAAGAUGAAGAUGAUGACCUUGUAUCCCCACCUAACACAGAAGGAAACCAGUGGUUUAACUUCCUCGAAAAUAGUAACCACCUUAAAGAAAGCCCUUUGCUGUUUCCUUACUAUCCCCAGAAGUCACUGCAUUUUGUAAAAAGGCGAAUGGAGGCAAUCAUUGAUCAGUGUCUACAAAAGCCAGCUGAUGUGAUUGGAAAAUCGGUGCACCAAGCAUUUUGUAUGCCUUUGUACAAAGCAUCGAAAAGUGAGGACUCAACAUCUCAGCUGUUUAAGUUGCCAUUUUUGUGGAAUGACAAAUCAUCCAAUUUGCAUUAUGUUUUGUUCACUAUGUUAGAAAACUCUGUUUCUAAAAUAUAUAUACUGAGGAGGCAUACAGACAUUUCAAGGUCUGCUAAUAAUGGACUACUUGCUGUUGAUUUUGGAAAUUUUGUGAACAAUAGUAUCAGUGAAACGUCAGGAACAAGUCUCUACAGUUGCCUUGAUGCCCAUUUCUACGAUGAUGAAACUAUAACAGUCAUUGUUGCAGAGAAUGUAGAGCAAGAGGGGAAGGAGAGGAUUUUGGCCCAGCUGCCUUUAUCAUCCAUAUAUAUUGAGGAGACCCAGGAACUGGAAUUCAGCUGGAAUUGUGGUCAAAGGUUGGAUGUGCAAUGUGGUGGCAUUCCUACACGCACUGUCACCAUUGAGGGUCAGUGGAGGGUGCUGGAGAACAUGAAAGCCCAGUAUGUUGCUGUAAAUGGCAUCCGAAAGGUUUCUUGUGUGCUAAGCUCAAACCUGCGACACAUCCGGGUGUUUGAAAUGGACGUGGAAGACGAUGGAGAAGCUGAGGAGGAAGAGGAGGAAGAAACGGCUCAGCCUGUCAGCACAGGUCAGGAGGAACUCAACCAGUCUGCAGCCAACCCUGAAGACAGUGUCUGCGUUGGUUCCGCUGAACUGGCAGAUGAAAUAGAAGAACUUGAGGCAAGCCCCCAUGCCUGAGACCAACUCUCAUUUCAGUGACUUGCAUGUUGGAGAGGAGAAAUGACAAUUAUGGUACUGGCUGCUUCUUAGCUGUGUGAGCAUGGAGGAAUUCUUGGCUGGUUCUUCUUUUUCCACUGGUUUCUAAACACUGUGUCUCGUGUUACAGCUGCAUUGCCUGAAUAAGAGCAGCACUGGCAGAAAACAAAGUCAGUUUCCUCCAGGUAAUCCUGAAGAAACGAAGCAACUUUUAAAAUCUCAUGCAGUGUUGGCCAUGCUUUCCUUUCCAAUCCCCAUUACCUCCUCCCCCCAUUCCUGCCACUUUUCCAAGUGACCUGUGCAACAUCACAUGCACGGGGGGGUGGGGGGUGAGGGGUGGGGAGGCCUUGGACCCUUUUUCCCCCCAAUGUGCAUUUUGUAAUGGAAGAUAAAUUAAAAACGAAUAUAUUUUUCUGUA